UAAAGAAUUGCCCAGGCAGGUCUUUUAAGAAGCCCCAAAAAGCCUUCUGUGUGUCUUUCGGUCCUCAGCGAGAGUGACGUGUGGUGUGGGCUGCGCGCGCACCCGAUCUGACACUUUGCGGAGCGCCCACAGAGACAGCGAAGCGACAAACGACUGUUUGGCUGUCUGCUGAAGUGAUCCCGCCAUGCGUGAAUACAAGCUAGUGGUGUUAGGCUCUGGAGGUGUGGGCAAGUCCGCUCUGACAGUUCAGUUCGUCCAGGGAAUCUUUGUGGAAAAAUAUGACCCGACAAUAGAAGACUCGUACAGAAAGCAAGUGGAGGUAGAUGGGCAGCAAUGUAUGCUUGAAAUUCUCGACACAGCCGGCACAGAGCAGUUCACAGCAAUGAGGGACUUGUACAUGAAGAACGGCCAGGGCUUUGCCUUGGUUUACUCCAUCACGGCACAGUCCACUUUUAACGACCUCCAGGACCUGAGGGAACAGAUUCUACGAGUAAAGGACACAGAGGAUGUGCCGAUGAUCCUGGUGGGCAACAAGUGCGACUUGGAGGAUGAACGUGUAGUGGGCAAGGAGCAGGGCCAGAACCUGGCCAGACAGUGGAACCACUGUGCCUUUUUAGAGUCGUCCGCUAAGUCAAAGAUCAAUGUCCUCGAUAUCUUCUACGACUUGGUCAGACAGAUAAAUAGAAAAACGCCAGUGGAAAAGAAAAAGGCAAAAAAGAAAUCCAACUGUGUGCUGCUUUAAAGACCCCCUCCAUCCUAAAGCCCCUGCAGCAGCUCUGAGCCAGAGUGCGCUGAAACGGAGGACGCGAGCAAGGAGGAUUUAACCACUGUGUCGCCUUGCAGAAAUGCUGUAAUGAAGAACUGUUGCCCUGAUUGGAACGUGCCAGCAUUCCAACAGCCCCUCCACAACCCUCUCCCCUUCUCCAGUCCAUCAGCCACAAACGGUGAAUCAGCCGAGCGCCCAUACCGCUCCCAUCCUACCAGACACGAGGACGACAUACGGCGUGGAGAGAAAGACAGUCGGCGAUUGGCGCCGCCGCCGCUCUCCGCCCUCGAGGACCUUCUUCUUCUCGCGUGUCCGCCCAAAAGGACACGUCGGCUCUGUUUCUGCACCAAAAACCAAAAGGCCACAAACUGAUGACAACAGGAAAUCUGUUCAUAAACAAAAAAUGUCUACCAGCCGCAGUGACACGGCCAAAACAACCCUGCCCGACCCCUGCUUUUUUUUUUUUUUUUUUAAA